GAAAUUGCCAGACAUGUUCUGGGUGUACAUAUGCACCGAGCUCCUCCGGAAUCUGCUGUUGGCGAAAUAGACAUAACUAAAAUGAAGAAAUAUAUUGCAUAUGCGAGGCUAAAUUGUGCACCACGCUUGUCCUCAGAAGCUGCAGAAAAGUUGAGCAGUCAUUUUGUUGACAUACGCUCUGAGGUGAAGCAUAUGGAGCAACAAAGCAACGUUCGUUCUUCUAUUCCUAUUACUGUUAGACAAUUGGAAGCAAUAGUCCGCAUUUCUGAAUCUUUAGCCAAGAUGACUUUGUCGCCGCGUGUAACGGAACAACAUGUUGAUGAAGCGAUACGCUUAUUUAAACAUUCAACCAUGGAUGCUUUACAAUCAGGAGAAG